AUGGCUCAGGUGGUUGCUACCAGGUCGAUUCAAGGCUCGAUGUUAUGCCCCAACGGUGGAUCUGUGUCUACAAGAUCCGACAAGUUUCUGAAGCCGGCGAGUUUCGCGGUGAAGGUUCUGGGGAACGAAGCGAAGAGGAGUGGGAGAGUAUCUGUGAGAAGCAGAAGAGUUGCUGAUACUACUGUGAGAUCCGCUCGUGUGGAGACUGAAGUCAUUCCAGUCUCUCCCGAGGAUGUUCCUAACAGAGAGCAGCAGCUGGAGAGAUUGUUGGAAAUGCAGCAGUUUAGUGACACAUCAGUAGGGGUGUGGUCGAAACCGACGGUGAGGAGGAAGACAAAGAUUGUGUGCACGGUUGGUCCAUCAACCAACACGAGAGAAAUGAUAUGGAAACUGGCUGAAGCAGGGAUGAAUGUUGCUCGGAUGAACAUGUCUCAUGGGGACCAUGCUUCGCAUAAGAAGGUUAUUGAUUUGGUCAAAGAGUACAAUGCGCAGUCUAAAGACAACACUAUUGCUAUCAUGCUUGACACCAAGGGUCCAGAAGUUAGGAGUGGAGAUUUACCUCAGCCAAUUAUGUUAGACCCUGGUCAAGAGUUUACUUUUACAAUUGAGAGAGGAGUCAGCACACCAACUUGUGUCAGUGUUAACUAUGAUGACUUUGUCAAUGACGUGGAAUCGGGUGACAUGCUCCUUGUUGAUGGUGGUAUGAUGUCAUUUAUGGUGAAGUCUAAGACUAAAGACUCAGUUAAAUGUGAAGUUGUUGAUGGUGGAGAACUUAAGUCAAGGAGACAUUUGAACGUCCGAGGAAAAAGUGCAACGUUACCUUCAAUCACUGAGAAGGAUUGGGAGGAUAUUAAAUUUGGAGUGGAGAACAAAGUUGACUUUUAUGCAGUUUCCUUUGUCAAAGAUGCACAAGUGGUACAUGAAUUGAAGAAAUACCUUCAAAGUUGUGGUGCUGAUAUACAUGUGAUUGUUAAAAUUGAAAGUGCAGACUCCAUACCAAACUUGCAUUCCAUUAUCACGGCAUCAGACGGGGCAAUGGUUGCAAGAGGUGAUCUUGGUGCAGAGCUUCCUAUUGAAGAAGUUCCCAUUCUUCAGGAAAGGAUUAUUAACCUAUGCCGUAGCAUGGGGAAGGCUGUUAUCGUUGCGACUAAUAUGCUUGAGAGUAUGAUUGUUCAUCCAACUCCAACCCGGGCUGAGGUUUCCGACAUUGCUAUAGCUGUUAGAGAAGGUGCUGACGCAGUAAUGCUUUCUGGAGAAACUGCUCACGGAAAAUUCCCAUUGAAAGCUGCGGGAGUGAUGCACACAGUUGCACUGAGAACAGAAGCAACCAUUACUACUAGUGGUGAAAUGCCACCAAAUCUUGGUCAAGCCUUCAAGAACCAUAUGAGUGAGAUGUUUGCGUAUCAUGCAACCAUGAUGUCAAACACACUUGGAACUUCAACUGUUGUCUUCACCAGAACUGGUUUCAUGGCUAUACUUCUAAGUCAUUACCGUCCCUCUGGCACAAUCUAUGCUUUCACAAACGAGAAAAGAAUACAGCAAAGAUUAGCUUUGUAUCAAGGUGUAUGCCCCAUUUAUAUGGAGUUCUCAGAUGAUGCAGAAGACACUUUUGCUAAUGCUUUGGCUACACUUCUGAAACAAGGAAUGGUGAAGAAAGGAGAGGAAAUAGCGAUUGUACAGAGCGGGUCACAACCAAUCUGGCGAUCUCAAUCGACGCAUAACAUCCAAGUCCGUAAGGUCUAA